AUGUCAAUCCAAGUCACGACCGCCCCCGGUGCCCUAGUCGCCUUGGGCCUGGGUGUCAGUGAUGUUUCCACCCUUGUUGCCCUCGGCAGGAGAGUGGGAAACUGGUGGACUGCUGCAGACGGCGACAAGGAGUUUCUUUCCCUUCUUGAAGAAGACGCGUCAAGCAUCCUCCAGCGUCGUGGGCUUCUCGAUGUCCCAUCCUUCAACAAGCGAUGGAGCAAGCAGAUUCAACUCCUUGCAAACGGUUGCCCCUUGCGACUGGAGGACCGUGACAUUGAACAGGUUCUCAAAGACAGCAAAGCUCUCUUGCAGUUUGUCAAACAAGACCUUGUGAGAGACAUUGUAUACAACAUACUCAAGUCUCUCUUAAAGCUUCACGAAAACGGAGAGGACAUUCUCCGAUCUCAGUACUCGUCUCGUCUCAACGCCUGGAGAUCCACAGCCGUCCUGCGUGGCCUCAAUCUAGCUGCGGACAAGUACCGUCAAGAGUUGGUUCGCAAUGGCCAUGUCAUGAGCGGACUGUUGCCCAGGACAGAAUCAAGACAUGUUGAAGAUUUCUUAACCUGGCUGCUCGGCUCUCACGAACCGUUCUUCAAGACUCCCUCAUCUGACGUUGCUGGGAUAGCCAUUUGUUUAUCCCAGCUAGGGAUCGACAUCAUCGAUGUCCAAUUGGCCGAGUCCUUAGAAACAAGCCAACGCCCAUGCACAGUCAUUUACUCACCACAACCAUUUCUUCACUCCAUAACAACUCCAGAAGGCACAAGAGCCAUUGUGGAGAGAGAUGCCUCAAUCACAGUUCCUCUCGAGUAUCCGGAGGAGGCUGUGAGCGUUUUCCCCAUUGGACAUGACGCUCAAAACCGGUGCAGAAUCGCUUGGAAAGAGGGGCGGAAAGCGGCAAAGGCCAUUCGAAUAUCCGUUCAAGGGGCACGAACCAGUGGCAACAUGUACCAGGAAUAUUACCAGUCUGCCAGAGGCCAACGCCCCUGGGAGGUCUCAGGCAGCUUGACGGCCCGACUAGAAGGAUCCAAGCUAGUCUAUGUCCUAACAGACUCUGGAACGCCUGCUGGAAGAGCUUCUGAUGAGCUUUACCGUCUGGUGUUAGAUUUCGGGUUCAUUUCGAAUCAAGAAAUCGUAACGGGGCUUGAAAACUGCCUUGGAAACACCUUGACGAGCGUUCUAUCGUGGCUCUCGACUACCACGAGCUCAGGCGAGUUUCAUCUCGGCUCAGAUAUUUCUGAUGCAGAGAUGAUUGAUACACAGAAGGUGGACGCAUUCUGCAUCUUCCAGUCAUUCAUCAUGGGAUACUACUAUGACAUCUUUGGAAGACUUGUAGACACCUCCUCGUUGGCAUCCCAAACAGUGGAAGGCUCCUGGGGUUUUCGAUCAGCCGACUUUUUGAGGUACAUGCGCUCUCAUUCACUACGUACAAUGCCCCCAGAUUCGCCACGUAUGCGGUCGUUCGGACAGGCGAGGCUUCUUCCUUUACUUUCCAUGCUCUUCGUGGGUGGACAUGCCACCGGCUACGAUCCAGAGAAGGCAGAGGAAAGGUUUAGAAAUGUAGACUGUUUGGGCAUCAUCGGGAAGCGCACUUUGAUUGCCAACAGUCUACUGGGUAAAUGUUCUUCUCCGCAACAAAUCGGUUGCUUUACCCUUCUCGACGUUGACGUUGGCGGUAUACCAAGAGACUUCAACGGAUUAAUCAAGCCGGGAGUCUUGUCCUCCGAGGUUCCCCUUGUGGAUUGUCUUGACGAUGGCUACGAGGAAUUUGAUAUCCCCGAAUCAUCUCCACCGGAUGAUGUCACUUUCCAUAUCGAGGCGGAUUGGGAAGCAAACCCAGACACGGUGUUGCUCUGUGUCAGAUACAGAGGCCGUCGACUUGCAGCAAUCUCCCCCAUCCCCGCAGACUAUCUCUUCUGCGACGCUUAUGUGCCGCCAGAGGUUGGACCGCGACAAAGUGCCACCAGGAGCCGGCUCUAUCAGGGUGUGGAGGCUGAUAUAUCAGCCCUCUUGCGAGACCCCCCAGUUCUGCCAUACUCGUACCGCCCUGAAGUCCCUGUCCUUUUUCAGGCGCUCAAUCGCCCCGGCCUGCGCUACGCUGCCACUGCAUUGUAUGGGAGAAGAUCGGAUGUCAAAGUGGCAACAGAUUGCGUCGAGAGGGCGAGAAAUGCAGCAGCUGGGGCGUUUGGGGCCGGUGAGGUUGGGUUUGUAAUUGUUGGUGGCUUGACGGGAACGGCGAUGGGAGACGCCCCGAUGGAGAGAGCCGAUGUCCAGAUUCUGCUCUAUGAGAUUCCAGUGAAGAACUAG